AGGAGAGCUACGUGGUCUCCGAGGAGUCUGUCGAAUCCUUUCCACUUCUCUUACGCAGGCUUUGGAGAUUAGGCUGCAAGAAUACGAAUCUGACAUGGACCAUGGUGCCUCGUGAUCUCCGUCCUUUCCGAAUGCCAAGAAUGAGUUCUCACUGAGCUUAAUAAUAAAGAGAUGUGGUAAUGUUAAUCUCAUUUACGGGCCAAAGAAGAAAAUCCUGGUCCAACUCUCCACACCGAAGACAUGGAUAUCUAAAUGGAGAUUAAGAUAGAGGGGGAGGGAGCAAAAUGAAACAAACAAGCAAACAAGUCAGAAAUGCAACUAACUUUAUUAAAUAACUAAUAUUACAGCAAGAGAAUGGAAGGAAAUUUGGAAAAGGCAUCUCAACAUAGAAAGUUAAUGUAUGGAUAAAAAAUGAGACCCAUGACAGAAAAAGGAACUGGCUGUCUGAUGGAGAAGACAUGGUGUCUUUGUGCGGAAAGAGGUGAUCCUGGAACAAUGAAGAAAGGGGAUUUGAGAAAGAUUACCAAGAGUUUGCCAAACUAAAAUUUUGUGACUGGAACAUUAGCUGAAGCAACAUAAGCGAAGGAAAUUAAAGGGAUCCAAACUAUCCACAUUUGCAAAACACAUGAUGCCAUACAUUAAAGAGCCCAAAAUUCUACCAGGAAAUGUCUACCAACGAUAAACUACCCUAAAAUCAAUAUGGAACCACAAAGACCCCCAGAGAGACGAAACAAUCCUGAACUAAAAAAACUAUGCUAGAGUGAUUACCAUUCCAGACCUGAAGUUAAAUUACAGAGCCAUGGUAAUUAAAGAAACGCCAUGAUACUGGCACAGAACCAAAAAUGGAGACCAGUGAUACAAAACUGAGGACCCAAAGGCAAGUACACGUAACUGCAGCCACUUAAUAUUGGACAAAAAUGCCAAAGCAUGAACGUAAAGAAAGCAUCUUCAACGCGCGGCCCUGGGAAAACCGGAGGUCUCCAUGCAGAGGAGUGAGAUGAGUUCCGCCUCUGCUGUUAAAUGAGACCUAAUUAAGAAGUUAGUUGUAUAUCAUAGUUCUAGAUUCCCCAGCACUACAGAGAAUGCUUUGUGGUCAGGAAAAUCCUUCAUGCACCUCUUCUGGAACUUCAUUUUCUUAUUUUUUCAUGUGGUGACAUGAUUUCUAAUAUAGCCGAGUUUAACUUCCUCUUCUAAAUUAGACGAAGAGCUCUGUGGCGCAGGCAGGGGCAAUGACCAGUGCCUGUGAAUACUGAGUACCUGAUUUUACCUCCUGUUUCUACUGCCUGCUUACCCGGCAUGGGCUUAGCAAAAAGGUCUGGGUAGAAAACAGAUGUGGCGUCUGGUUCCAGGCAAGAGUUAUGACUGUGAAUCAGGUGGAUGACUAUGGAGUCAGAAAGUUGCACAGUGGUUCUACGGACAAUAGACCUUGUCUUGAUGCUGCCCCCACUGGAUCCAGGAAUGAAAGGGCAUUGAAUUCUGGAGAAUGAAGACAUACUUUGUCCUGAAGAUUUUUGCAGCCUGAAGUCUCUUCCCUACUCUGAACUGAAAUAUGUUCAGAAGUACAGAAGUCACCAUGGGAUAUUCUCAAAGUAAAAGAUUUCUGGACAUGAUCUGAUGUUGUAUCCUUGGAGAGGUCCAGGGAACAGUACCAAGACUCCUACUGAGCAGAGAGAAGGAGCCUGACAUUUACUGAUAAGAAAGGUCGAUUGCCUUCCAACCUGCAGGCAAGGCCAGUCAAGGAAAUAUAUAAAGGAGAACCUCAGAUCAGCUCUCAGUCAAGACCCUUCCUGACAAGAUGAGUCCCACCAGGUUCUUCCUCCUUACGGUGCUCCUUGUUCUGGUGACAGAAGCAGCCGCAAGGAGGCCCCGUGAAAAAUUCUCACAGUCGGCUGAAGACUUUUCUAGUGAAAGUUCUGAAGCAAAAAUCCCCAAAAGCGUCAUCCAUGAGGAUGUCUAUGAGGAAAAGAAGUUUACACGAGAUAUGGCCAGCAGCGAUGAUGGCGACGACAAGAGGAGUUUAUCUGCAGGGGAAAUAGAGCGGUCUUUCACACGGAAAAAGGACAAGCCACGGUUUGCACAAGAAAUGAAUGAAUAAAAUGACUACAAAGGAACUGAAGACCUGGACAGAAAUAAUGAAGUCACACAGUGUCAAUGAAGCUUGUCUUGUCUUCAGGAUGAAGAGACUCCUGGGAGGUCCCAGACACAAUUCGUGGAUUUCAUUUCCUUCUCAAACUUGUUUUUGAGAUUCCUAAACCCGACGGUUAUGAAAAUAUCUUUUUUUCCAAUAAAAAGAGAAUAUUUCGCAUCAUUA